UUUAUUUUCUUCACAGGUCAAUAAUGGAAGCAAACGAUGAAGACGGAGACGAUAACGAGGUAGUGCAUGAGUUAUAUUUGGAUGACUCAGUUCAGUACUCAAAUAUCAAUAUCAAGAAAGAGAAAUUUGAUGAUCACCAAACUAAAACGGAACUCUGCAAGUCGGUGUCAAAUCCUGAUGUUCCCUCGACAAGCCGAGGUGUUACAUCAAAUGAUAAAGUUGCUGAGCUAUUCCUUGAUGACUUACCUUCAUUCAAAAUUAAUAUAAAACAAGAAGUGCUAGGCCAUGAAAGCGCUGCUGAGUCAUUACCAAAUAGAGAUGUUUCCUCAACUAAUCAGGUAUUUGAUAGGGUUAACGCCUUUCCAUUAGGAGUUGAAACCAAAAUCAAAGAAGAGCCAGACAUUAAAGAGGAGCCUCCGCAUGUAAGUAGCGAGAAAUCCGGAUCUGAUUUGGGAGAAAUAGGUGAUGAAAAUGAGGAGAAUGAAGAGGACAAAGGGAAGAAUGCGGCGAAGAAGUUCCAAGUUGACCGGAGUGCUAUUCCAGAAAUCGCUAAAAGUGAACAGGCUUCAGAACUACAAGGACUGGAAGGAUUAUCAGUCUACAAGCAGGAAACCCUGGAGGCCGAAAUUCUGAAGCAAGUUGACAAUGCACUGACGGGCGGAAAUCAAACUGAUGAAAUCGAUCAUGGACCAGGGGUGGGGGUGGGGGUUGAUGGAGCGGAAGUCAGCUUCCCCCUGUUGGACAUGGGGAGGAGUGGGGAGACUGAGAUGGAGAGGAGUAUCAGGCUUGGAGAGAUGACUCCAUUCGGGACUACACUACUCGAUCAAAAGUCCAAGCGCACUGAGCCCAAAGAAAAAGGCGAUCUCAAUGAUGUUAUUCAAGGAUUAGAGAAAUACUUCAGAAACCAGGAGAAGCUGACACGAAAGCAAAACAACCGGAAACGUGAAGCUCGAAAGGAGAAGAGUGUCUCACCGCAGAAAAAACCGAAAUUAAGUCAGGACAAAAAUCCUCUGGACCGGAAAGUAUUGAAUCGAGACGGAUUGAAGAAGAAACCCAGGAAAAAAGAAAAACUGGGCACACAAACAGCGAAAGAUGAUGGUGAAUCUCCGGGACCUGUCUGUGGUGAAGAGAAUUAUUUCCAUCAAGAUGAUACUGAGAGUGAAUAUGUGCCUUCCUCUGAAGAAGAAUUUUUCUCGAGUGAUGAUAACAAAAACCAUGUCAAAUCAAAAUCCUUACCAAGAACCUCCACUAAACGCAACACAAGAAAAUACAAAUUGCCAGGAGGAAAACUACCUGAAGACUGGAGAAGCGACGAUUCUGAUUGGGAAUCUUCUGACGAGGAAUACAAAAGAAAACUCAAGCAUAGUAAGAAAGAGCUAGAUGAUGGGGACAUCGAUCUUUUCCGACACAGGAUAAUAGAGUGGGAAAAAGAAAAUGGAAAAUCUGCAGAUGACGUCAUCAACAUGGACUCUGAUCAGUACCACGAGUUUGACAGUGGAUUCAAGAUCCCAUUGGAACUAUGGGAUAAACUUUACAACUACCAACGAGUGGGAGUGAGAUGGAUGUGGGAGCUAGAUCGCCAGUGUUGCGGAGGCAUUCUGGGAGAUGAAAUGGGUCUUGGAAAAACCAUACAGAUGAUAGCGUUUUUGGCUGGACUACAUUGCAGUCAGAUGAAGGACAGAGAUACUGGUUAUCGAGGUCUUGGGCCUUCUAUAAUUGUCUGCCCCACUACUGUGAUGCAUCAGUGGGUCAAAGAGUUCCAUAAGUGGUUCCCAUUUCUUCGAGUCGCCGUCCUUCAUGAUUCAGGCACUUAUACUGGCAAGAACAAGGAAGAUAUGGUGCAAAAGUUGUAUCGUUCGCAGAGAGGCAUUCUGAUACUGAGUUACACUGGAGCCGUUCAUUUCAAAGAAAUGUUGACUACCAGAAGAUGGCACUAUGUUAUACUUGACGAAGGACACAAAAUAAGGAAUCCAGACGCACAGGUGACGCUAGUUCUGAAGCAACUAACAACGAGUCAUAGGCUUUUACUGACAGGUUCGCCAAUGCAAAACAAUCUGAAGGAGCUGUGGUCGUUGUUUGAUUUCAUAUUUCCUGGCAAACUUGGAACUUUGCCUGUUUUCAUGGCUGAAUUUGCCGUUCCAAUCACGCAGGGCGGCUAUGCGAAUGCAUCUGAAGUUCAGGUGGUUACAGCCUACAAAUGCGCAACAGUGCUUCGCGACACGAUAUCGCCGUUCCUGCUGCGGCGAAUGAAGGCAGACGUGAAGGCCGGCGUGAAUCUGCCCGACAAGAACGAACAGGUUCUGUUCUGUCGGCUGAGCGACGAACAGCGAGCCCUGUAUAAAUCUUACGUCGGCUCAGACGAGGUUGAACGCAUUCUACGCGGACACAUGCAGAUAUUCCUCGGCCUCAUCGCGCUCAGGAAGAUCUGCAACCACCCGGACUUGUAUUCGGGCGGACCCAAACUCUUUCAAGGAGAAAGUGAAGAUAAACUGCCUGAAACCGAACGGUAUGGACACUGGAGUCGAUCUGGGAAAAUGAUUGUUGUCGAAACUCUGCUGAAAUUGUGGAAGAAACAGAAUCAUCGUGUUCUGCUGUUCACUCAAGGCACACAGAUGCUUUGCAUUCUGGAGGCUUUUGUGAAGAGCUGCGGCUAUAAGUACCUGAAGCUGGAUGGCAGUACUUCGAUUUCAGCCCGACAACCUCUUAUCGACAAAUUCAAUCAGGACACGUCGUACUUUGUGAUGGUGUUGACGACACGCGUGGGUGGCCUGGGCGUGAACCUGACGGGGGCCAAUCGCGUGGUGAUCUUCGACCCGGACUGGAACCCGGCCACCGACACACAGGCCAGGGAGAGGGCCUGGCGUAUCGGACAGACCCAACCUGUCACCAUCUAUCGGCUCAUCACGGCUGGCACCAUCGAGGAAAAGAUGUACCAUCGACAAAUAUUCAAACAGUUCCUAUCCAAUAAAGUGCUGAAAGACCCUCGCCAGAGGAGAUUCUUCAAGUCCAACGACCUAUUCGAACUGUUCACUUUGAAAGAGACUGAAACGGAGGGCAGCACUGAAACAUCAGCUAUUUUUGCUGGAACUGGCUCUGAGGUAAAGCUUGAUCCAAACAAACGAUAUCGCAGCGCCAAAAAAGAAAUAAAACCGAGAGAAGAGGCUGAAAACCCAUCGUUAACGUUUUCGAAGAAGAAAAUUGAGCACAUGAAAAAACUUGCUCAACAAUUGAGUAUGAAGCUUGGGGGAAUGAGCUCUAAACCACAAGCUCAAGAAGCCUCCUCUACUGAUGUAAAUAAUUCAUUGAAUCCUGUAAAUAAUGUAGAUGAAUCAACAAAUGUAAAUAGUACAUUGAGUACUGUAGGAUCUUCAAAUGUAAAUGAAUCAACAGAUGUGAAUAGUAAGGUUCCUGAUGUAGAUGUUAAUGUAGAAGAGAGUUUGAAAGAAAACGAGACAAGUAGUAAGUUUGAAGAAGAUAUUGAGAAUAAGAAUGUACAUAGUAAUGUUUCUGUAAAGAAAGAAAAGUGUGCUGUGAAAAUUGAUACUACCAAAGAAGACUUGAGUGAGAUGGAAAGUAGUUGUAGUAGUGUAAAAGCAAUUGUGAUAAAGAAGGAGAAAAUGGAGGAAGCAUCAACGUCAAAAGAGAAUGACGAUAACCAAAGUCUGAAGAGGAAACAUCGCAAACACAAGAAGCACAAAAAGCAUAAGAGAUUCAAAGAUGUAGAAUUUGAAGGUGAAACUGUUCCUCAUCUAGUGCAACACCAAACCUCUUCUGGAUCGAAACCUGAAGAUGAAGAAAGUAGAAACCUCGCUUCUCAAGACGAAUAUGUGCUCAAGAAAUUGUUUGAUAAGUCUGGUCUGCAAACGGCAAUGAAACACGACUCGAUAAUGGAAGGUGGGCCUUCGGACUACGCGAUCGUGGAGUGUGAAGCGGAGAAAGUGGCCAAGGAGGCAGUGGAGGCCCUCAAGAAGUCCCGGCGAGAGUGCUGGGCAGCCUCGUCAGGAGUGCCAACCUUCACCGGCCAGAAUGGAGCCAUUAGAUCAAGAUUUGCACCGAAAAAGGUUGCAAGACCGGGCUCUGUGUCUACAUCCAGUGCUGCUGCAAAUUCCGCCUUGACCAUGUCUUCAGCCGACCUCAUCAAGCGCAUCCGAGAACGCAACCUCAUGAAACUGCCCGAGGACAGCGACAUCAGACUAUUGAAUGACAUCAGAGAGUUCAUCCUAGCCAAUGGCGGCACAGCUCUUACUGAUCAGCUCAUCAACAAGUUCCAGGCUAGACUCCCCGCGGGCAAAAGUCCAGUUUUCAAGUCCCUGCUCGCUAAAAUAUCGGUUUUCUACAGAGCGCCCGAUAAAAAAGGUUACUGGACAUUGCGAGAUGAGUUUUCCUGGUGAAAUUGUUAUGUUUUCUAUUCAUUUUCACAAAUUACCACUCGUAAAAAUAUCUGAUUCCAGGUUCCAAUUGAAUUGAAUGUAUAGUAACAUUCCAAAAACAACUGACAAGCAGACAGGGUAUAGUUACAGAAGCAUAAAAAUGCAUAAUACAAAAAAUAAAACAAAUCAUUUAGUGCUGAAAAACAUUGUCAAUAGAGUAGUAUGCCUUAUCAAUUAAUUUCUUUUCUAACAACCCUCUGAACUUUCUAGCAUUGUUAAUGUUUUCUUCAAAGCGCACGAUGAGGGACAUUGCGAGAUGAGUUUUCAUUGUGAAAUAACUCUUAUUAUUCUAUUUUCAAGCUCAUUGUUAUACGUCCAGUAUGAAUUCAAUGUCUGAAAAUAGACUUUCUACUUUAAAAAUUGGUGAGAUAAUUAUUCCAUGAAAAACCCCAAACAAUUUUCAAGCUUGUAAGAUUAUUUUCAAGAUUGGAUUCAUAAUGAAUUCCAAUCCUAUUGAAGUUUAAUUAAAUUCAAAUUAACAUUUAUUAUGUGUUCAAUCUUCCAAAAUGAUCGCACGAAUUUAAAAUCUCUUUGUGAUCUCUUUAUGGAGAACGCACAUUGUUAUAGUUUUGUGUAGACUGUUACAAUAGGCAGUGUUAUAGGUUAUUUGACAAGUAUGUUUAUAUUGAUUCUCUGACUGUUAAUAAUAAUUGUAUCGAUGUUAAAUAAAUAAAUAUUUAGGUAUUAAUAGGACUAUACUAUCAGAUAUAUAUUCUAAUGUGUGACCAAAUGGCAAUGCUACAAUUCCCUCACUAUGCAUUUAGAAAUAUGUUCUAUCAUUUCCCCAUUGUGGAAUUAAUUGAAAUGUAUAAUAAUUAUUGGUUUCAGAGUAGAAUGAAAUUUUAUCAAUUUGCAGAUGGAUGCAUUCUUGUUGAAUUAAGAACCAAGUUCAAAACUUAUUUUUAUUUUUCAAAUUUUUGAAAAUUAGUAGAUUUUUGCCAUAUUAUGCUGGUCACUCACACAAGGCAGUGUUCUAGGUUGUUUGACAAGUUGUAUGUUAAUUGAUUCUCUGACUGUUAAUAAUUAUUGUACCAAUGAUAAUAUAAAUAUUAUAUUUAGUAUAAUAUAAAUAUUAUACCUAAAUAUUUAGGUUAGUAUAGGACUAUCAGUUACAUAUUCCCCAGAUUCAUAAUAUUCUGUGUGUAGAUGACACAAGCUGGUAGCUCACAAUUCUUGUACCACAUUAUAACAAUAAUUUUGAGGUAAAUCCGACCACAAGUAAUUUAUAUUCUCUUUUUCUUCGUGUAGUAGUGAUAGUAAAAGCCAUAUUGUAGUAGUUAUUCAUGUCGAUUUAAAACACUUUAUUAUAUUUGUAAGUAAACAUUUCAAGAUGUAAGUUAACACGUCAAAGAACAUCUCGUAGAUCUGACGAGCAUAAAUGAACAACAUGAGUGUUUAAUUUGUUUCAUAUUUUUAUUCUUUUCAAUCAGAUUUAUAAUCUGAAUCAAGUGAUUCAGAGAAUGUAAGAUAAAUGAAUGGAAGAAGGAUACGCAUUAAUUUAUUGACAUGAUAGCAUUUCAAAACCAGAUUGCCUAUGUAAGGAGAUACUUAAAUUUUAUAUACUGCUAGUACAGUAUAUAUAAGGGAAUUGAGUUACAAAUGGAUGUUAAAAGCUUAGACCAAUUAUAUCUCAUCCAUGUCUUGAGUUGAAUGGGACCGAUUAGUCUAUGUGGAAAUUGAGUACAGUAGACCUGGUUCAGUAAAUUAGUGUUUACAUUAAACUUUCUGAUUCACUUUCAGUUGUAGUAAAGAUGUUUGAUAUGUAAAUGACGUAUAAAAGUAUAUUUCUGUAAAUCAAAUUAAAAUUGUAAGAUUCAAGAUUGAGCUUAAUCUAUUCAAUUUGAAGUUUUCAAGUGAGUGGUAACAUGAAAUAUGUUUAAGAAUACAUUCUCAACAGGUAUGAAUCUUUGUUGGAAAUUCUUCCCUCUCUCAGUUUAUUGUCACAAUCAUGUCACAUACACUGUUCGUCUCAUAAGCUACAACAUAUUUAUAGAAUAUUUUAUUUUUUUUUGAAUCAGGUUAGGUUUUAUUUAACGGUUAUCAUUGUUUGUUUUGUGAACCAUUCCAUUCUGUUAUCAUUGUUCAUUGAUUAUUUUGGUUGAAAGUUAAUUUCUCAAGUCGCAUUUCUUGAAUCAGGCCAGGUUUUAUUUAACGUUUAUCAUUGUUUAUCUUGUGAACCAUCUUAUUCUGUUAUCAUUUUACAUUGUUUAUUUUGGUUGAAAGUUAAUUUCUCAAGUAUCACAUUUUUUUCACUUAUGCUUCUUUGAGUAGUAUAAUAUUAGUAAGCAUUCAAGUUGGGAGUGUCUAUGACUCAACACUUAAUUAGGAAGUAAUCUGUAAUCGUUGAUGUAAUAAUAUUGCAUUUGAUUUUAGUUUUCACUUUCAUGAUAAUAAUAUUAUUUUUGAAAUGUGUUUCUCGAUAUUUUUGUAUUUUUCUAUGUAUUUUAUGUAUAGUGUAUAGCCUAAAUCUAUAAUAAAUCCUUGUUUCUUA